AUGCGCAAUACUUCUACAGUUGUUCCGCCUUUCUAUGACUCGGAACCUGGUGUUCCACCGCCCCUUCCCCCAAUGCUCACGGACCAGUUGGAGCUGUUUGGUAAUGCUGAUCGUUGCCCGACUACACUUAUUGCCGAUGAAAUCCUUGGUCCUAAAACUAAUAUCGUUCCCACUGCAAGGGUGUCGUUGUCCGCACCCGCCCCUGAAUCUAAACUUCUGAAGUGGACGCUCAAGUAUUCUGAUCGCUCUUCCACUCCAUAUCCCAAGAGAGCCACCUCUACACAUUCCAAUUCUCGAACACCUUCGCCCUCAGAUUCCUCGGGCUCUUUGAGCUCUUUCUCAGAUAGCGACUCCUCAACUUCGAGCAUAGAUUUAUCGGAAAGCUCGAAGAUUCCUAAACCUGCUGGUGAACCUGGGCGUCCAGGGCGUGGGGGGUACACACUUUGUGAAGCUUUAGAUUGA